AUGUCUAAUAUUAUUAUAUUAUCUGACUAUGAGUAAACUAAAAAACUUAGCUAUUUAAUAAAGGAUAAGUAAGAAAAUUAUUUUAGCAAUGCAACCUGCUUUGUUAAAAUUUUAGAUAAUUUUUUAGAUAAAUUAAAAGAAGAGGACAAGAGGAUAGCAAUAGUAAAAUUAAACUAAAUUUUUCCAGAUUUAAAGCUUUAAAAUAAUAUGAUCACUACUCCUAAAUCAAGAAGUAUGAGCAUGGUUUUUGAUAUCACUUUCUAUUAAGAAUUAGAUAAUAUUAAAAAAACUUAUGAUUGGGUGAAAUUAUAGUAAAUAUUUUAAUAAAACUAAUUCUAUAUGGAUGGCAAAUAUCCAAAUAAUUUUAUAAAGCUUAUACCUUUUAUUGAAAAACUUAAAAAUAAAUCCUUCUUACUAAUUGAAAUAGCUGAAUAUUUUAAGGAUUGUUAAUUUUAGUUAAACCAAUCAAUAUUUAAAAAUUUGCUUUUCUAUUUCUAUUUACCUCUUGAUUUAAACUUGACAUAAGCUGAGACUUAAGAAAUUGAAAAAUUGAUAGGAGAAAUAAUAAACUAAAGUUGGCUCUAAUUUGAAUAUCAUUAAUAUUAAUUAAUUUAGAAUAAUGAUUCUUAAAGUUAAUUGAAACUUUUACAAGUUGUUCCAAAAAUUUUAAUUGAAACUCCUUAAAGAUAAAGAGAAAUAAUUGAAUAGGAAUUUCGAAAUACUUUGAAAAUUUCUGAAACUAACUUUCUAUAUGCAGAUUUCCAAUAUUUUAUUUCAAAAUAAAUGCCUAUUUUAUUUGAAAUGCAAAGGUUUUAUUAUCAAAUUUGUUUUUAUUUUUUGUCUGUCUUUCAUUAGGAAUAUAAAAAAAACAAAAGACUUUAUGAAACUGAAAAGAAUAAACUUUUGAAUAUCUAUAUAGAAGAAAAGACAUAAUAAAACUUUAAAAAAGAAGAAUUUUCAGAUGGCUAAUUUUAUGAUAAUAAAUUGGAAAAGUGCUUUGCAAAUUAUUAAGUUUAACAGACAUUAAACAAAUAUUCUGGCAAAGGUAUAAAUUUUAAAUCUAAUGAGUAACUAUUAAAAUAUUUUAUAGACACAAAUUUUUAUUAUUUCAAUAAACAAAUUCACAUUGUGGAUAUUAGUUAAUAAAAUAAACCUUAUGCAAAAAUCUUAAAUCUUCUAACAGAAAUUAACGAUGAAAAUAAGAGAAAAAUAGCAAGUUUUAUAAAAAAAAAAAUUUCAGAAUCAUAAAGUAUCAUUGAUAUUGUAGAUGAUUUAUCAGAACUAAAAUAUUAAUACGAUGAAAAAUAAUUAGAAAUUAUUUUUAGAAUUAUAUGUGAAAUGAUGAACUUUGACUUUGAAGAAUUUUGGAUAUAUAGGAAUGUCUUAAAAAGGAAUUUUAAAAAAAAGAACAUUCCUAAUUUGAAAAAAAUUUCACUUAUCAAAGAGAAAAUGAAAAUAUAAGAAAUGAUUUAAUUGAUUAAGCAUUUUGAAAAGGAAUUUUGGGAAAUUAUUUAAUAUAAAUUUCAUAAGUGUUAUUGUAUUAUUAUUAAUACUCUUAUUUAACAUUAAAUGUAAAAUCAAUAAGAAAAUGAAAAAGAGUUAAUUAUAAUGUUAAGAGAAAGGUUUAAUUAAAAUAGGAAGCUUUAAAAAUAUAAUUAAAAAACAUAAUUGUUUUUUCAUUUAUUAUCAAGUUUAUAAGAUAAUGAAAUUAUUUCUUUAUUUAUGGAAAAUCAGUAAUAAAGUAUAUCUUUAUAAUCUUAUAUUUCUACUGUAAAUAUCUUAUUUAAAAUAUUCAGCUAACUUUAAAAUGAUAUUGAUUAAUAGCAAGUUAAAAAUAAUCUAGAAUAAGAUAUUAAAUUAUUUAAGUCUUAUCAUCUUAAUUUUUUAGUUGAAUUGAUAUCCAAUUAAAUAAACAAGGAUAUUUUAGGUAAAAUUUAUAAAUUAGUUUACUAUUGGGCUUUUAACUAAACAAAUUAACUUGAAUCUGAAGUAUAAUCCUUUUAUAAAAAUGAUCCUUAAUUAUACUAAAAAAUAUUCUCCAAAUUAAAUUAUUUUGAGUGUGAGUAAUUAACCUAUGAUAAUUUGGUAUAUAAUGAAAAAAAGUAAUUAUGUGAUAUCUAUCCCAGAGGUCUUUAAAUAUGUUUAGAAGAAUUUAAUAUAACUUUAGUUGAAUUAAAUCCACAAGAAUAAUAUCAAUUAAUAUAAAAUUGGAUUUAAAAUAUAAAAGACAAUAACAAGUUCAAAGAUCUUUUACCAUUUUACUUUAAUAUUAUUAAAAGAGGUGAACCAUCAAAAACAUUUUUACAUAUGAUAAAUUAGCAAUUAAAAAAUCAAUAAGAAAUAUUAAACAAGUAUGGGUAUUUUAAUUAAAAAUCAAUUAUUUAGCUAUUAUAUAAUAAUUCAAACAUAGAAUUGUAAUGUUUUAUACUAAAGGAAAUGGGAUAAGACUAUCCCGUACCUUUACUUUAUAAAAUCCCUUAUGAAGAAAAAACAGGAGACUUAGAAAAAUAUAAAUUUAAUUAAAAUACAUAUUUUAUCCACCAAAAAAGUUUUACCAUUAUUAAUUUAAGUAUUUAAUAAGAUUAAAGAAGAGUAGGCAAAACUUAAUUAAUAAAUAAAAUAUUUUAUUAAGAAGAUAAAUUUGAAAUUUUAGACAAUAAUAAACUAAAUGAUAAUUCUAUAGAUAUUAUGUACGAUUAUUAAUUUCAAGGAACACGAAAUUUAUCAAUAGCAGAUGCUCAUAAAUUUAUUCCACUAUAGAUAUUAGAUCAAAUAUUACCUUUAUUUAAAUUAUGGAUUAUUUAAUUGGAUACAGAAAAAGAAAUAGAGAGCACAAUAUAAGUUUUGUAAUAAUUGAAAUCAUUUUAAUUAGAAAAUAAAACUAUAUGUUUUCUAAUUAGAGAUUCAUCAUUUUAAUUAGAAUAAGCUUAAAUACUGAAAUUAAAAGAACUAAAUAUUGAAUAUAUAUAAGUAGCUAAUUUAACUGAUGUCAAUUUAAAUAAAUAUAUAAUAGAAAAUGAAAUUUAGUAAGUGGGCAAAUUUUUAUACGUUUUGAUAGAAAGAAAAAAAAAUAAUAAUUUGAUUAAUGCUAAUGAAUAUUGGAAUUUAUUAUCCUAAAUACAUAUUUAAGAUAAAGACUAAAUUUAAUUAAUUGGAUAGGCUCCAAAAAUCUUAUUUUAAAUUGAGUAUGAGUUAGAUAAAUUGAAUGAAUAAUUAGACCAAUCUAAAGUCAUUGAUUCUUUUUAUAGUUUAAUAUAACAUCCAAAUUUUUAUCUUUUGUAUUUUAAAUUUGAUGAUAUAUUGUCGAGAUUUAAUAAAGACAAUCCCCAAAAGACAUAUUUAACAAUGGGAUAAAUAUGGAAUAUGGUUAUAUAAUAAUAAUAAAAGAAUGGAGGCAAUUAAAUUCAGAUUAAUACAUAAUAAAUAAUGGAGAAAUUAGUUUUUAAAGGUGAACCUUAUGAAUUCUUAGAUGUCUAAUCAAUAGAGUUUUUAGAUACAAUACUAACAAAAGUAAAUUAAUAAGAAUAAGGAAAAACUUUAUUUAUAAGUAUUUUAGGGUAGUCAGGUUCUGGGAAUUCUAUUAUUUUAAAUAAGAUUUUUGGAUGUCAGGUUUAAAGAGGAUCCUAUACUAAAAGAUCUUAUUUUUAAUUAUUGAAAAUAUACAAUAAAAGUCUCUUUGGAGAUAUAAUUAAAUAGGUCAUCCUUUUAGAUUCAAAAUUUCUGCAAAAUCAAAAUAUAGAUCAUCCUGAAAUUGAUAAAAAAAUAACCUUAUUCAUUUUAUCUAUUAGUGACAUUAUUAUUGUGAAUACUGAGGGGGAUUUAAAAACAGAAUUUAAGCAAUACAUAGAAACAAAUAUUUUUAAUAUGGCCAAAUUAGUAAAUAAUCCUAAGUAGAUAGCUUGGUGUUUUAAUUAAAAUAAUAAUUAUUAUGAGAGUAAUUGUGCAUUAUUUUUAAAUUAAUUGUAAAGUAUUAAAGAAAAUUUGAAAAAAGAAUUUUUUUAUUAAAAUGAUGUUGAAAAGGCUUAAUAUUAUGAUGAAAUUCUUGAUAUAGAUUUAUAGAAUAUAUAAGUAUUAGGACUUAUGAAAACUGAAUAUAUUUGGAAUAAAAAUAAAUAUCUGGGCAUUAAUUAAAAUUGGAGACAAAUAAUAAAAAAUGAUAGUUUCUUUGAGGAAGCUUAAAUGUUUGGAAUUUACAAUAUUUAAAUCGCUCUAAAAAAAAUGUAAAAAUACAGCCAAUCAAGAUUAUAGGUUUUGAAAAAUUUAGAAAAAAUUUGGGAAUAAACCUAAUACAUCAUCGCUGAAUUAUCAGAAUUUAAAAAAUUAAGUCAAUUUUAAUAAAAUGAUUAUAUAAAAGAAUAAUAUUAAUAAAUUGUAUCCCAAAUUAACUUUCCAGAUAAUGAUGCAAUUAAAUAAAAUUUAAAAAAUAGUCUAGAUUAAAAUAUACUCUCCAUUGAAAUAUUAAAUGAUAUUUAAAAUGAAUAAAUUGAAAAUUUAAUAUAAUAUGACCAUAUUUUAUAAGAAGCAAUUGAAUAGUUAAAGUCCAUUUAAGAUGAAAAAAAAAUAUCAAAAAAAAUAAUUAAAAAAUAUCAGAAUUAAAUAGCCGAUAUGAUUGCAAUAAAAAAGUAAUAGACCUCUAAUAUUAUGGAUUAAUAAUUAUAAAAUUUAGAAGAAUUAAAAAAAAUAAAAGAACAUUAAUAUGAUUAACUUAUGAGGGAAAAAUUUAACUAAUUAAUGAAGAUUUAAACUUUUCCAGAUAAACAACAAUUUAUCGCAAAUAUCCAUCAAUUUAUUUAAUAAAAUAAUCAAGAUAUAACUACUGAAAAAUUAGAUAUAAUUAAAACAGAGCAAAUAAAAAUUGCAGAUUAGGAAUUUAAUUAAAAGUAAGAACAAUUACUUUAAAAAAUAGAAAUCCUUUAAAAAGAAAAUAAUAUAAAAGAAGAAAUUAUCUAAUAAUUUUAAGAAAAAAUUUAAGAAUAAAAACAUAUGUAAUUGUAAGUAUGUAAUUAUGCUAUUUAGUCAGAAACUAAAAGUAUAUAAGAAAAUCUUUAAAAAACUUAAGAACAAAAUUUUGUUUAAUUUAAAAUAAAAGAGAUACAAUAAGAUCCUAACAUGAUUUAAGAAUUAAAAGAGAAUCCUAUAAAGAUGGAGGCUAUGUUUAAUUAAGUUUAAAAUAAAGUAAAAUAGAAAAAAGAAAAAUAAGAUGACGAUUUCUUUAAAAAUCGUUGCAAUGAAAUUUUUGAAAUUAUUCAAUCUUAAUUUAAAGGAUAUUCUUUAUAAUCCACUUAAUAAGAAAAUUAUAAAUUAGCUUUUCUUGAAAAGUUAAUUAAAGAUCAACCAAACUAAUAGGAUUACCUUGUAUAAUAUAAUACACUUUCACCAGAAUUAUAGUAAAAAUAAUUCAAAGUCCUUGAGAAAACUGAUAAAAAAUUAUUUUAAGAGAUUUUUACUUAAAAGAUUAUAAACAAACUAGAAAGCUGUUUCAAUAUAUCCAUUUUGCAGAUCAAAAAAUUUUAUUUAAAAAAAAUUAAAAUUUAGUGCCUAAAAAAAUAAAAUAUUGAAAGUUAUAUGAAAAAUGGAGACAUUUUAAAAGACUUUGAAAGUGAAAUUAAAAAUAAUGAUAAAUAGUAAAUACAAACAUUCUUGGCUAAAUUGACGAUUUUCGAUUUUGAGAUAAUUAAUGAGAAAGUUGAUUAACUAUGUUAAGCAAUUUAGAAAGGUAUUACAGAUUAAGAAAAACAAGAAUUCUUGUUGUAAUGUUUUAAGCCUAUUGAAAAAUAAGGAAAUUAAAUUAUUUUAAAUGAAGAUUCUAUUAGUAAAAUGCAUAAUAAUUGCAAAUAAUUAACUUAAUGUUUGAAACAAUUUGAAGUUAUUGAAAUUAAUGAUUAUUCUGAAAUUGAUACUGAAAAAUAUAAAGAUUACUAUUUAAUUGAAUCAAAACCAACAAUAGAAGUUUAAAAAAAAUUCAAAUAAUCAAACUAGAUUAAAAUAGAUAUAUUCAAUUAUAUUAUGAAUCAAAAAAAAGAUUUAGAAACAAAAUUUAAUUCUAAUAUUACAUCAAUAAUAUAAGAAUUGAUGAAUGAUGAUUAAGAACAUAGUUGGAAUAUAAUGUAUGAAAAGAUUUAUUCACUAGUAUAUGAUGAUAUGCUAGUUAAGAAUACUAUUACAGCAGCAUAAGAUAAUUUUGGAGGUUUAAUUAAAAGAUUGAUAUAAAAACUUGAAAUUUAAAUUAAAGAAUUUAAUAAAUAAUUUUCAUUAUUUGGUGUUUUAUUAAAUGAAAUUGGAGAAAAAUGCAUUUUUAAUUAUGCCAUUUUUAUGAUUUGGAGAAUAGUAUGCUUUAAAUAUUGGGAAUAAAAGAAGAAAAAUGAUGAAAAAGAAUUAACAAAUCUAGAAUAAGAUCUAUUUAUCAAAUUCAAAGCAGACUUGCUUUAAAAUAGGUAAGAGUAAAGUCAAAUUAGAGGUAAAUAAUAAGCAACUGAGAUACUUAAAAUAUUACAUUAAAAAUUAUAUUCAAGUUAUGCAACUGAAGUAAAAAGUGAAAUUGCUUAAUAUGAUAAAGAAACAAGUUUCGAUCUAAUAAAAAGACUUGAUACAGAAAUUCUUGAGAAGUAGAAUAAUAGUAUAACAAAUAAUGAGCUGUUAGAAUACAUUAGAAAUCAUGCUGGUUUUAUUGAGACUUAUGUAAGAUAAAAUCUAAAUUAAAUUAAAUCUAAAAUUUAAUAAAAAUUAUCUAAGAAAUUAAAGGAUGAAAUGAAAUUCUAUUUAGAAUAGAUUUUAAAAAAUACAAAAAAAUUAAAUGAUUUUCAACAAAAUUUGGUUGCCAAAGAUUAUUUUGUAUAACAAAUAAAUCCAGAUGAAGCUCCCAACUUAUUAUAUAAAAUAGUUAUGGAUUGUAUUUAAGGAGCUUUAGAUAAAAAUUUAAUAAAUUUAAUUAAACCUAACAUGAUACAAGGAUUUUAGAUUUAAGGUUACCAUAAAUUUACUUUCAUUUUAAAAAAUCCUCUAUAAAAUAAAUUAGAUGAAGAAAUUUAAAUCUUAUAUGAUUUUAUGCAAUCUUUUAAUUAGAAAAUCUAAGAUGAGAUGAAAGGAUUGGAUUAAUUAGAUAUUGAUUUUGAUAAAUUAGAUAUUCAAUCUUAUUUAGAUGCCUUACAAGUAAAAUAGAUUGGUUGUUAAGAAUCCUGCCCAAUAUGUAAAAGAAAGUGCGACUUAGAGCUUGAUAGCAAUCACAGGCAUUAAUGUAGAAAUGGACAUUAACUAAGAGGUAAUAUUUAAUAAUAUUAUUGUUAGGAAUGAAUGGAUUAUUGGUAGGUUGCAAUCCUUCAUUAUUUACUUGUGAAGAAAUUUAAGAUUAUUGUAAAGUUUAGUUUAUGGAAACUAAGUCUAUAAAAUAUUGGGGAGAUAUCAAAGAUAUUUAUAAUGAUUGGUUAUUCUCUUGCAUAGAUGUUACAGAAAAAAGAGUAUUUUUGAAAAAAAAGUUUACUAAUAUUUGGAAUUUAAAUGUUGGACAAGUUAUAUGUAAAUCAUUAACAUAAGAGAUUGGAAAGGAAAUUCAAUUUAUUACACAAGAAGUCUUUGAUAAAGAAUAAACUCAAAGAGCUCCGAAACCAAUACAUUAUGUUAUUAUGUUGGAUGACUCUGGUUCAAUGGGAGGGAAAAAAUUUGAUUCAGCAAAAGCAGGUGUAAUAGCAUUUCUUUCAGAAAUUCAUAAAAUGAAAAAUAAAGAUUCAAGAGUCACAAUUAUAAUGUUUAACAGCAAUGCAAGAGUUGAAGUUGAUUUUGAAGUUAUUAAUCCAAAAGAGCAAGAAUAAAAAAUAAUAUUUUAGGGUGGUGGGACAGAUUUUGAUAAACCAUUCAAUAUUGCAUAUGAAAAAAUUAUUUAAAGACCUGAUUUUGACAAAUUCUAUAAGUAAUUUAUUUAUAUGUAACUCUAGGCAUUCUAUGUUUUUUUAUACAGAUGGAGAUGCAGAUUAUCCAAAAACAGCAUUAAAUAAAUUUGAAUCAUUAAGCCCAGAACAAAAAUAAAAAAUAGAACUUAUAGCAUGCUCUGAGGAGGGUUGUCUUUCUGAGGCACUUAAAUAAUUAGUUACCUUUUUCAAAGAAUAAAAUUUUGCUUAUGCUGAAUUAUAAGAUUCUAUCAAACCUGAAGAAAUAGGUUCUACAUGGAUAGAAACUAUAAGUUAAAGAACUCAUCAAAUUUCAAAAUUGGGAUGA